CCGUGAAUGACUCGACGGAGGAAAAUCGACCGGACGUCGCCGCGACUCUAAGCGGUUUGUUCGCCGGACUUCCGACCUUGGCGGGUCCCCAACGACUUGCCAAUUCCCUCAGGCAGAGAUUUGCUAACAAUUCUGGUUACCCCCGGCCCGGCCUGAUGCGCAUCGUCCCAAUCGCGACGAUCUCCUCGUCACGCUCGCUCGCAAGGUCGCACAUGCUGAUCGCGAUUAGUUCCUCUCGUUAGUUCUACUAUCAUCACUAAGGUCCACCGAAGAAUUCUGGAUACUACUUGUUCCGGCAAAUCAGCUACAGGAUGACGACGUUACCGAUAAUCAACAUGGAGAUUGGCGAGCUGAAAGAGAUCGUUUGGACGAAGCUACAAGAGCCAAAAGCGCAACGUAAGCUCGUCCUGGUGAUCGUAUCGGUUGCGUUAUUGCUUGACAACAUGCUGUAUAUGGUGAUCGUACCGAUAAUACCACAUUAUUUAAAAUACGUCAAUACGUAUGGGGAAGAAGACGAACAAGGGAAUGUAACCGUUCCUAUAUCGCAUCAUGGACAAGACUCGGCAACGGGAGUGUUAUUCGCGUCUAAAGCGAUCGUACAGCUGAUGGUGAAUCCGUUUUCGGGUGCGCUAAUCGAUAGAAUCGGUUAUGAUAUUCCAAUGAUGAUAGGCUUGUGCAUCAUGUUCCUAUCGACGGCCGUAUUCGCUUGCGGCAAGAGCUAUGGUGUAUUGUUUUUUGCUAGAAGCCUUCAAGGAGUGGGUUCGGCUUUUGCGGACACUUCUGGUCUUGCUAUGAUAGCCGAUCGCUUCACUGAAGAAUCAGAACGUUCAAAGGCUCUUGGAAUAGCUUUGGCCUUCAUAAGUUUUGGCUGUUUAGUAGCUCCGCCAUUUGGUGGUGCUUUGUAUCAAUUCGCUGGUAAGGAGAUGCCUUUCUUGAUAUUGGCUUUCGUCAGCUUGGCCGACGGUUUUAUGUUACUGCUAGUAAUGAAACCUAUGAAGGAACAAUUGAAGGAAAGACAUCGCGAACAUACACCGACGAUACCAAUUUGGCGACUUUUAAUGGAUCCCUAUAUCGCUGUAUGUGCUGGUGCUCUCAUGAUGUCGAACGUAGCUUUGGCCUUUUUGGAACCAACCAUCUCACUUUGGAUGGAAGAUCACAAUAUAACUCACGAUUAUUGGAAGAUGGGUAUGAUCUGGCUACCAGCAUUCUUCCCUCAUGUCUUCGGCGUCAUAAUUACCGUCAAAAUGGCCAAACAGUAUCCCCAACAUACAUGGUUAAUGGCAGCCGGUGGUCUUGCUCUGGAAGGUCUCUGUUGCUUCAUCAUUCCAUUUUCGACCUCGUACAAGGCCUUAAUGAUUCCAAUUUGUGGAAUCUGUUUUGGCAUUGCUCUUAUCGAUACUGCUCUUUUACCGACGCUUGGAUAUCUCGUGGACGUCAGAUAUGUGUCAGUUUACGGUAGUAUCUAUGCCAUUGCAGACAUUUCCUACAGCAUUGCGUAUGCAGUUGGUCCUAUAAUAGCCGGUGGUGUAGUUGAAGCAAUCGGUUUUACGGCUCUUAACAUUGGCAUAGCCUUUUCAAAUCUCCUUUACGCACCUGUUCUUUAUUAUCUCCGACAUAUUUAUGAUUUCAAGCCAUUCCAAGACGAAGCUAAUGUAUUAAUGCAAGAUCCACCCGACAAAGAAUAUCAAACUUAUGUACUUCAAGAGCAAAGACCGAUAUCCGGUGAGCUUGGUAAUCAUUUAAAUCAAACUCGAAUGGAAACGGACGUCGAUCAAAAUUAUGAUCCAAAUUAUCAGACUAUGCAAAAUACAGGAUAUGAUCAAAGUGGAUACGGUCAAAAUAUUGGAGCUCCUGCUUAUAAUCAAGCUAGUGGUUACGAGCAACAAGCUCCUACGUAUGACCAACAACAAACACCUUUAAAUUAUGCACAACCAGUCGGAUAUAUACAACAACCGCAACAACAACAACCAUCAUUAUUACAACAACAACAACCUUAUACACAACAGGAGAUGCAAGAGCAACGGGGAUCGCAAAUGGAUGUGAAUCCGUUCAGAAGAGUUCCUCCUGAUGUAAUUGAACAACAAAGACCAGCCGGUGACAGCAAUCCUUUUAGGCAAGGAUUGUAUUAGUCAUAUAUUAUCAAUGAUAAAAAAAAAAAAACAAAAAAAAAAAAAGGAAGAAUAGCACAUUCGGGAUAAUUUAUGAUCCUGAUCGACAUCGAGUGUUCGAGACUAGUCUUCGAAAGACAUAGGCUUCCAGUUAUGAACAAAGAAGAAGAAAAUGAUGUCUCGUAAGGCAUGAUAGGACACUAUCUAUUCAUUUUAUAAUCAAUUCAAAUCCCAUUGGUAUAACCUACGCGUUUUUUCGACUUUCAGUGCUUCAUACAUAUAUAUUCCUCGAUAAAAGAAGAAAUUCAUAUAACACACAACGAAUCUCUCAACGUUAUCACACACAAUCGAACUAAUAAUAUCUUUAUAACAAUUUAUUGCUUGAAAAUUUCAUAAUAGAGAAGAAAAAUGAUAAUCAGACCAGUGAAAUCAAAUACCUUACAUCUAUAAUUCGCUUAUCUAAUGGAAUUCGAUAUAAAUCUAUUUGCUAAAAAAAAAUAUCGUUGGCCUGUAAUACAUACAUCCAAAAGAGGAUCAACAUUAAUCACGGGAUAUACUAUUAAAAUAUACCAGAAAAAGAGAAAGAGAGAGAAAGAGAGAGAAAGAGAGAGAAAGAGAGAGAAAGAGAGAGAAAGAGAGAGAAAGAGAGAGAGAGAGAGAAAAAGGUAUCAGGAGCUAGUAUUUUACGUUUUCGAGUUUCACCUUUAAAACAUGCAAUUAAGCAGGAUACGAAGGAGGCAAGAUUAACGUUCCUGUGAGUGUAAUUUGACUAAUUAUCAAACCACCACCAGGGAACUAUUUGUUAUGAAGGAUUGGCAAAACGAUUAUGGAUAGAAGAAUCGCUUAAAGAAAAGAUGGUGCUAAAAAUUACAGUAUAUCGAGACAAGCAUAAUUACGUAGAGAGAAAGAAAGAAUACGUGAGAAUGAACGAAAGAGAGGAAGAGAGAGAGAGAGAGAGAGAGAGAGAGAGAGAGAAUGAUAUCAAUUACUUCUACAAAGUGUGAAUGAAUAGAAAGAGAAGGAGAGAUAUCCGCGUAUGAAGGCUUCCACUCAGCAAGGACCUUCUUUCACGGAUUGCCAUUGGCAAGUUUUCCGUUUUUAUUGUUUCUUUGAAAACAUUUUCAUUGCUGAAUCGAAAUACCAUAUCAUUAAUUAAGACAUCAAAGAGAGAUCUAGAUAUAUAAGGCUUUAAUAUUAGGUAAUUUAAUUCUAUAGGAAAAGAGAUGCAAUUUCGAAAAUAUGUCUCUAUUAUUCAAAUGUUCAUCAGUGAUUAAGUACCUAUAGGGUUAACUAACGUAAUCACGUUAAACCCUUUAAGUUACUUUUACAUUAAAGAGAAGGUGCAAUAUUAGAAAAAAAAAAAAAAAAAAAAAAAAAAAAAAAAACAUAUCUGUAUUAUUAUCAUCAAUUUAAUUUUCAUAUCGAGUGUCCCAAAUUCGAGUCAUAUUCAUUUAGGUAACACUUAAAAUUAGACGUAUGUACGACGUCUCUAUAUAUGUAUGUAUAUACAUGUUAAUUAUUUAUAUAUAUAUAUAUAUAUGUAUAUAUAUAUAUAUAUAUAUAAACAUAUAUAUAUCAUAUUAGCCGAUAAACUCGUGCGGGAAACUUUGUAAUAAAAUUAUAUCUUCGUUAAACGAAGAUAGAAAGGUAAAUAUAUGUACGUUUGAAAAUAUCUAAUUCGUUUUAUAUAAACGUUAAUGAAAAAUUUAAUUAUUAUCAAAAUUAGAAAAAAAAAAAAAAAUGUAUGCGUUAGGAAAAUGCCAGCUGGAUUUAUUUGUUUUCUCAAUAUACUUCGUAUACAUACAUAUCUCUCAAUCGUAUUUAUUUAUUUAUUUAUUUGAUACGAAUUUGAUCAUUGAUAUCAAGUUUCACGAACGAGUUCGAGGCACGUUCGUACCUACUCGUCAAUAUUCAAUGGCGUAUCGCGAGGAACAAUUAAAUCAAUUAUUAGCACGAUUGCGAUUGAGACACUAAAUUUGGUGUAUUUUCAUCGUAAUAAAGAGGCCGUGUUACGGAUUUUCAAACUUC